UCACAUACGGUGAGUUUGUUUAGAGAAUUUAUAUAUUUGCCUCCUACCUCGUAACGUUAUAUCUCAACAUAGAGAAUCCAAGGAAGUAGUCUCCAUGGCGUUGUUUUCCAACGUUUUGUUCUCAACCCCGAAUGCUCCAAUUGCUACUAACAAAACUUCACGAAUUAUUGACAAAUCUAACCUUAUUGCUUCUACUUCGUUGCCUAUGAUUCCCAGAUGUAGCGUUGCUCAUCAACACUUUGAUAAUCGAAAUGCACACCCCACCAUUAGAGAUAAAUUUCGCAUUGAACAUGCAAAUAAAUUGGAGGCAUUCAAGCGUAUAUUUAGAGAAGUUUGUGAAGAUCCAUUUGAUGGUUUGGCCAUGAUUGAUGCAAUCCAGCGCCUAGGCAUCGACCACCAUUUUCAACAUGACAUUGAAAAAGUUCUGCAAAAGCAGCACCAUAUGCUGUCUUGCACUAAUGGUGUUCAUGAUUAUGAUCUUCAUGAGGUAGCCCUUCGAUUUCGAUUACUUAGACAAGAAGGUCACUUUGUCCCAGCAGGAGUGUUUAACAGGUUCAAAGACAGGGAGGGCAGAUUCAGAGAUGAACUAGGCAGGGACAUCAAAGGAUUGAUUGAAUUGUAUGAAGCUUCACAACUGGGAAAAGAUGGAGAAGAUAUUCUUGAUGAAGCCAGAGAAUUUAGUUCCCACAUCCUAAAAAAAUGGCGAACUUCAGAAGUGGACCGUUUUUCUGGUAGAGUUAUAACGAAUACACUGGACCAACCUUAUCAUAAAAGCCUAUCAAGAUUCACAGCCAGAAACUUGCUUACUAAUUUCCAAGGCACAAAUGGAUGGAUAAAUAUCCUCCAAGAACUAGCAAAAAUGGAUUUCAAUAUGGUCCAGUCCUUGCAUCAGGAAGAAAUAGUUCGGAUUUCCCAUUGGUGGAAGGAGCUGGGUUUAGCUAAGGAGUUGGAGUUUGCCAGAGACCAACCAGCGAAAUGGUAUCUUUGGUCCCUGGCUUGCCUCCCUGAUCCAAGCUUGUCAGAGCAACGGAUUGAUCUCACAAAACCCAUUUCCUUAAUCUAUAUGAUUGACGACAUUUUUGAUGUUUAUGGGACACUUGAUGAACUCACCCUCUUCACCCAAGCUGUCGAUAGUUGGGAUUACUCUGAUACUGAUCGACUACCAGAUUACAUGAAAUUGUGCUUCAAAGCUCUUCUUGAUAUCACUGAUGAAAUCAGCCGCAAGGUGUACAAGGAGCAUGGGUGGAACCCUGCCAACUCCUUAAGGAAGGCGUGGACCACUUUGUGCAGAGCCUUUUUGGUAGAAGCGCAAUGGUUUGGUUCAGGGAAGCUGCCAAUGGCCGAAGAGUACUUGGAGAAUGGGAUAAUUAGUUCAGGAGUCAAUAUAAUGCUGGUUCACACUUUCUUUCUCCUUGGCCAUGGCUUAACUAAUCAAAAUGUGGAACUAAUUGACAACAAUCCUGGCAUCAUCAAAUCCACUGGAGCAAUCCUUCGCCUCUGGGAUGACUUGGGAAGUGCCAAGGAUGAGAACCAAGAUGGUCACGAUGGGUCCUAUGUUAAUUACUACAUGAAAGAACACCAAGGCAUUGCGGUUGAAAGUGUUAGGCAGCAUGUUAUCCAUAUGAUUUCGAACGCUUGGAAGGGCCUUAACCGUGAAUGCCUUUCCCCAAAUCAGUUUUCUUUGUCUUUCUCCAAGGCUUCUCUAAAUAUUGCAAGGACGGUUCCAUUGAUGUACAGUUACGAUGAAAACCACUGCCUUCCUAGCUUGGAAGAGUACAUGAAGUCCCUCCUCUAUGAAAGUGUACCCAUGAAAACUCAUUUCUGAAAUAUGACAUAUACUUCUAUGAAAGUAUACAUCAUAUUUACCUAUCGUCACUUCUUUAGUUACUUUCCAUUACAACACUUCAAUGGUUGUAAUUAACUCGUUGCUUAAUCGUUAGAUUAAUAAGUUUUAUAUUUUAACUCUUUCCAUCUUCUCUA